AGCCAGAGAGAGAGAGAGAGAGAGAGAGAGAGACAUACAGACACAGAGCCGUGCGGGACAGCCGGGUCCCCCCCUCGCCUGCCUCUCCAGCCUGCACGCCCCCACACAGGCCUGGCCGCAGGAACCAUGGGUGUCCUCCUGGUGCUGUGGGUCGUGCUGACUGCGUUGGGAGCUGCAGCUCAGAAACCUCAAGCCUGUGCCCCGUGGUGCCCUAAGAAUUCCGUGUGUGUCAACGCCUCAGCCUGCCGCUGCAACCCAGGGUUCAAGGCCCUCUCUGGGGACGUGUUCACAGAUCCCACAGACACCUGUGAGGACAUCAACGAGUGUGCCCCGCCCCGCUCCCUUUCCUGCGGGAGAUUCGCCGACUGUAAGAACGUGGACGGCAGCUACUACUGUGAGUGCAUCCAGGGCUACGAGCUCACAUCCGGGGAGCGAAACUUCUCCUCCGAGAGCCAGAACACGUGUCAGGACGUGAACGAAUGCACUUGGAAACCAGGGCCGUGCCACAGCUCCACCCACUGCAUCAACAAGGCAGGUGGCUAUGUGUGCCGCUGCCGCCCAGGCUGGGAACCGGUGUCCGGCUCCCCCAACGGCCCCAACAACACCAUCUGCCAAGACGUGGACGAGUGCAGCUCUGGGCAGCAUCAAUGUCACAACUCCACUGUGUGCCACAACACGAUCGGGGCAUAUAAGUGCCGCUGCCGCCCAGGCUGGGAACCGGUGCCCGGCUCCCCCAACGGCCCCAACAACACCGUCUGCCAAGAUGUGGACGAGUGCAGCUCCGGGCAGCAUCAAUGUCACAACUCCACUGUGUGCCACAACACGAUCGGGGCAUACAAGUGCUACUGCCGCCCAGGCUGGGAACUGAUGCCCGGGUUCCCCAACGGCUCAAUCAACAGCGUCUGUCAAGACAUCCUGUCGAACUGGACCCUGCCGCCUGGUGUCCACAGCCUGGCCCUCUCUCAAUUCCUUGACAGAGUGCAGGCUCUGAGCAGGGACUUCAAGACCACCUCAGCCAAGGACACCAUCCAGAACCUCAUUCAGUUGACGGAUGAACUUCUCGGAGCUCCCGGGGACCUGCAGCAGCUGGCCCAGAGUGACCAGCACCGCGUGGCCACCCAGAUGCUCUCGGGCCUGGAGCAAAGCUUGAGGAUGCUGGCCAAGACCUUGACUGUGGGUCCUUUCGUGUACCGCUCCCAUCUCGGCACAGAGCUGAGCCUUGUGGUCGCCAAGAAGGAGGCAGAGGGCAACAUUACCAUCGGCCAGAGCCACGCCCGGGUGCUGCUGGACUGGGCAGUGGCCAGCGAGGAGGGGGAUUCCGGCAACAAAGUGGCAGGCAUCCUGUCCAGUCCCCACAUGAAUAAGACUCUGCUGGCCAGUGCCUCCCUGGUCUUGGAACCCAAGGAGCGAACUGAGCUGGAAGCCGCCCACGAGAUCCCCCUGCGAGGCGCCCGGCCCCAGCUGCUGUCGGCUGUCAGCUCUGUCUUCGUGAGCAACAGGAAAACCGAGAGGCUCAGCUCACCGGUCACCUUUGCCUUCUCCCACCUGCCGCAGACACCUGGACCCCGUCAGAAGCUCAUCUGUGCCUUCUGGAAGAAUGACAGCCGGGGCCGUGGACACUGGGCCACCACGGGCUGCCGCAAGCUGGGCAGCCAGAAUGGCAGCAUCACCUGCCAGUGUGACCACCUGAGCAGCUUCGCCGUGCUUAUGGCCCACUUCGACUUUGAGGACCCGAAGCUGGCCCUGGUCACUAAGGUGGGCCUGUCGCUGUCGCUGGUCUGCCUCCUGCUGUGUAUUCUCACCUUCCUCCUGGUGCGGUCCAUCCAGGGCUCCCGCACCACCGUGCACCUGCACCUCUGCGUCUGUCUCUUCGUGGGCUCUGCCAUCUUCCUGGCUGGCAUUGAGAAUGAAGGUGGCCAGGUGGGGCUGCGCUGCCGCCUGGUGGCCGCACUGCUGCACUACUGCUUCCUGGCGGCCUUCUGCUGGAUGAGCCUCGAGGGCCUGCAGCUCUACUUCCUGGUGGUGCGCGUGUUCCAGGGCCAGGGCCCCCGCACGCGCUGGCUCUGCCUCUUCGGCUACGGCGUGCCCCUGCUCAUCGUGGCCAUCUCGGCGGCCGUCAACGGCCAGGGCUACGGCCGCGACCUCUACUGCUGGCUGAGCCUGGAAGGCGGUUUCCUCUGGAGCUUCGUGGGACCCGUGACCGCCAUCGUCCUGUGCAACGCGGUCGUCUUUGUCAUCACCGUGUGGCGGCUCACGCAGAAGUUCUCAGAAAUCAACCCCGACAUGAAGAAACUCAAGAAGGCCAGGGUGCUGACCGUCACGGCCAUCGCGCAGCUCUUCGUGCUGGGCUGCACGUGGGUGUUCGGCCUGUUCCUCUUCCAGCCACAGAGCUGGCACAACCAGGUUCUGGCCUACACCUUCACGGCGCUCAACUGCCUACAGGGCCUCUUCCUCUUCGCGCUGCACUGCCUGCUCAACAAGAAGGUGAGGGAGGAGUACCGCAAGUGGGCCUGCAUCGUGGCAGGAAACAAGUACUCGGAGUUUGCCUCAUCCAGCACGGCCACCAGCCAUCAGAGCAGUCGGGUGCCCAGGCCCUCUGAGUCCGGCAUGUGAAUCCACGCCUCGAGGUGCUGGCCGGCAGCAGCUCCGCUGGCCACAGCAGCUUUUGCACGCACUGAAUGAAGAUGUUGCCCGGCUCCCUCUGCUGCUGCCUGCCCUGCAGCUCCCUGGAGGGUGGGGUGGGGACUGACUGCACAGCUCCCCGCUGGGCACUGGGCCACGCAGAUGCCCCCCUCCCCAGGCAGCGAGUGAGAAGCCAGCCCUGGGCUGCAGCUCCUGGCCACGGUGUAAAGUUGAGGCCAGAACUGGGGGAGGUGGGGUCCCUGCCGGGCCCGUUCUGACCUGUCUUGGCCCCGGGACAGGCCAGGUGUGGGGCCACCACUUCCUCUCUUAAGCUAAGACUGAGGUGCGGGGCCGCCUGGGUGCACGGUACAGAGGCCGGCUGCCUGCGGGGGCAGGGGCUCUCCCUGGCGUGAGCGUGUGGGUGUCGCUGGGUCUCGGGUGUGGACACUUCAGCAAGGCCCUGUGCGCGGGUGGGGCCUCUGCACACUCGCCCACCAGCUCACCAGAGCAAGAAUCCAAGAGCCAGGCCUCCUUAAUAAAAGUUUAUUCUUAUACAAGUUUA